CAGCCACCCACUCCUUAUUGCUAUAACAACCAAAGGCGCGGUCAAGCAGGCAGCGUGACUCGAUAGAAUAGCGUUUCAAUUCAGACGGACACCGACCGACCCCUCCAACGGGAGUUAUCUUUCUGUCAAGUAAACAUAGCCGAAACGGAAUCCAGUGAGCUAUAGUUGUUUGUUGCAAAGCGAAUGAGACAGAAUAGCGAAGGAGCUCCCCGUCUGUUACGUGAAGAUUAGACUAGUGUUAUAACCUGUAGGUAGGCUGCUACUGGUGGUAGGGCUGUAGCCUACUGGAGAGUAGGACACCUUUGCUUUCGCAGCGCAGCGGUUGUAUGGAUGGGCUGAGUAAAGCAAGGUUUAAAACUAACUGGGCGACAAUCAGGAAGAAACCCUAUUCAGUCCUACUUUUUGUGUCGACUAGAGACGGGGCACCAUCCCCACUGAGUCUGCACGAGAAGGUGACAUUCUUUGUGAAGCGGUACCUCUAAUCUUCUCACGUCUGUCUUCCCCGGUGACGACAUGGCGAGUGAGAACGGACAGUCUGGGGGGGGAUCUUGGAAAAAGAAUGUCGAUGAUAUCAAGAAGGUAUUCGAGUUCAAAGAAGUCCUUGGAACUGGUGCAUUCUCAGAAGUGGUAAUGGCCAGGGAGAAGACCACAGGGAAGAUGGUUGCAGUGAAGUGUAUCCCUAAGAAAGCACUGAAGGGGAAGGAGACCAGCAUCGAGAACGAAAUCGCUGUGCUAAGGAAGAUAAAACAUGAGAACAUUGUGGCUUUGGAGGACAUCUAUGAGAGCCCCAACCACCUAUACCUCAUCAUGCAGUUGGUGUCUGGGGGUGAGUUGUUUGACCGCAUUGUAGAGAAGGGCUUCUACACAGAGAUGGAUGCCAGCAGACUCAUUAAACAGGUGCUGAAUGCUGUCAACUACCUCCACGACAUGGGCAUCGUACACAGAGACCUCAAGCCAGAGAACCUUCUCUACUACAACCCCCAUGAUGAGGCUAAGAUCAUGAUCAGUGACUUUGGUCUGUCUAAGAUGGAGGGGACAGGAGACGUGAUGGCUACAGCCUGUGGAACACCAGGAUAUGUGGCCCCAGAGGUUCUGGCUCAGAAGCCCUACAGCAAAGCAGUGGACUGCUGGUCUAUCGGAGUCAUCGCUUACAUUCUGUUGUGUGGCUACCCUCCGUUCUAUGAUGAAAAUGACUCCAAGCUCUUUGAGCAGAUCCUCAAGGCCGACUAUGAGUUUGAUGCACCUUAUUGGGAUGACAUAUCUGACUCAGCCAAACAGUUCAUCAGCUCUCUGAUGGAAAAGGAUCCAGAGAAGAGAUUCACCUGUGACCAGGCUCUAGCCCACCCCUGGAUUGCUGGGGACACGGCUCUCUGCAAGAACAUCCAUGAAUCAGUCAGUCGGCAGAUGAGGAAAAACUUUGCCAAAAGCAAAUGGAGGCAAGCGUUUAACGCCACAGCAGUGAUCCGUCAUAUGAGGCGUCUCCAGUUAGGCAGUAGUCUGGGCAGCAGCUUUGGAAGCAGUAUGAGUGUGGACCAACCAGGACAGAAUUCUAUGCCAGCCAAGAGCAUGUCUGUAGACUGUGCCUCCCUCUCACGCAGAGACGGUCCUCUACAACCUCUGUCCACUCUGCCUCCUCUGCCAUCCUCCCCUGCAGCCUGCAGCGCCCCCGUUAGCAUCGGAGUGGAACCACAUGUAGAACCAGAGGCGGUGGCACCAGAGGCAGUGGUGGAGGUGCCCCGGCCACGCCCCUCCACGGUCACCACCAUCCACACGGGGACUAAAUGACAUCAGGUUCCACGCGAGGUCAGCUGGGAGACCACAGAGCUUUGAGUCGGGAUUCCAUGAUUACAAUUCCGCCCCUCAGAAUUCCACAAUUCGUCUCUGUUCGUCUGCCCACCCCGCCCAUUCUCAGCUGCUGGGAUUGAGAACUUGAGGAGCUGUUCAAGGCUCCAUUUACCAUGGAUCAGCUCUCACCGCAGCCCCAGUGCAGCACUCUGAUGCCCGUACCCUCCACAGGAGGUGUAUGCAGUGAUGUGAAAUACAAUGAGGAGAACUGAUGGGAUUUCCUAUUCUGUCUAAUGUAUCUGUUCUACUCCGUACGUUCCUAUCUGAAACACUCUGCCUGCUAACGGGCCACAGGGCUGGUGGAGGAGAAGUAGAGGACCACUGACUGUCUCGCUCUGUCCUCCUGACCAGAGGGUGACCAGCGGAGUCAGUCUCCCAGUGCUUGAAUCGGGUCGGUACGGAGUCAACCUCAAAUGUUCACCUCCUUAUUGAAUAUUCACUCUAAACAUUGUAUAAUAUCAGCCAGUAGUUUAGAAAGUAGUGCCCCCCCCCCAGGCGCAUUUGUUAUUGUUUUUGUUUUUGUUUUGAGGAAAUUAGCUGUUGUUUUGAAGUAAUGUCUUUGUUGUCCUAAUAUCGCAGUUUCACCGCUAUGGAUCGCAGCUUCAAGAUCCUAUUCCAUUUCUUUAAAAUAUGGUACUGGUCUGGUACUGGUAUGGUACUGGUAUGGUACUGGUAUGGUACUGGUAUGGUACUGGUAUGGUACUGUAAAUAUGGUACCUGUAAUAUGAAAAUGACCACCUGAAAUCUUUUUCAUAGCACUGCCAUGUUGUAAGACUGUCCACCGAGAGACAAAAAGAAGACCUGUUUGUAUGGUGGUGUGAGGAGGCCACACUAUGGGAACUCACCAUGUUUUCAUUAUGAGUCUUAAUUAUUGAGCCUGCUGUAUCUCGGAGACUGUGAGACUGCUGUAACUCGGUGACUGUGAGACUGCUGUAACUUGGUGACUGUGAGACUGCUGUAUCUCGGUGACUGUGAGACUGCUGUAACUCGGUGACUGUGAGACUGCUGUAACUCGGUGACUGUGAGACUGCUGUAUCUCGGAGACUGUGAGACUGCUGUAACUCGGUGACUGUGAGACUGCUGUAACUCGGUGACUGUGAGACUGCUGUAUCUCGGAGACUGUGAGACUGCUGUAUCUCGGUGACUGUGAGACUGCUGUAACUCGGUGACUGUGAGACUGCUGUAUCUCGGUGACUGUGAGACUGCUGUAACUCGGUGACUGUGAGACUGCUGUAUCUCGGAGACUGUGAGACUGCUGUAACUCGGUGACUGUGAGACUGCUGUAACUCGGUGACUGUGAGACUGCUGUAUCUCGGAGACUGUGAGACUGCUGUAACUCGGUGACUGUGAGACUGCUGUAUCUCGGAGACUGUGAGCCUGCUGUAACUCGGUGACUGUGAGACUGCUGUAUCUCGGUGACUGUGAGACUGCUGUAUCUCGGAGACUGUGAGACUGCUGUAACUCGGUGACUGUGAGACUGCUGUAUCUCGGAGACUGUGAGCCUGCUGUAACUUGGAGACUGUGAGACUGCUGUAACUCUGUGAGACUGAGUGUUGGGCACAGAACACCCUCUAUGCCUUGUGUUUAACAUCACACAUGGAAACCGUUGAGUGUAGUUAGCGUUUCAACUGAAACAGAGCAUUCAAGGCUAAAAUAGUAAUUCCAUAUUAUUCUCAAUCAUAUUUCUAAUUGUUUUAAAUGCUUGAAUGUUUCUCUGCAGUUGUUGUUACGGUUGAGUACUUCACUGUUUCAUUGUUACCAACUGUAGGAAAGAGCUGUUGUAUAUUUGCUUUGUGUUUUCUGGAUAUAGAAUGUCAGUGGAAUAAAUAAAUAUCUAUCUGCAGAGUCAUGCACCCACACACAUCUGUGAAUGAAGUGCUUUAGUAGUGUGAGAUGAUGAAAUCUGUUUUGAUAUUACUGUAGUGACGGUUCUGAUUUGAUUGUACACUUUUCCUAAUGGAAAGGUAUGUAAUUGUCUUAUAUUUAAUGACAUUUGUAAGAACAGUACGUGUGUCACUAGACUUUUAUGUUGAAAUAUAUCAAUGGAAACAGAUGUUACGUUAAUAAGAUAAAGGUAUAGUUAUUGCUUUGUGGUUUAGUAUUUUAUGUUUAACGGAUUGAUUGCGAUGUAACUGUGAAGCCAUGCUUAGCAUAAGGAUGCAACGUAGGAACACAACGUUGUGACCAGUUCUCAGGGAAAUUCUUUGAGGAACAUUUGAGGACAUGAAACCCCAGUUAUGUUGAUGAUGAUGAUGAUGAUGAUGAUGAAGAGGAUACAUGUAUUGACUAAAGCACACGUUGCAUAUUAUUACGUGCCCUCAGGACAGUUGGGCCAUAAUUCAUAGCCUUGUGAGGGCAGUUUGAUAUAUCCCAUAGUUGGGGGUUUGUUUUAGAUUUGUAUAAUACAAGGCUAAGCAUGAAAGAAUGCAUAUAACUAUUACCACUGUACUGUAGUUUUAUUUAAACACUGAAAAUGACAAACUACGAAAUAAAGAUUGAAGUCAUUUGAUAA